AUGCACGAUUCAUCGCCACAGACGCGCGGCGGCGGCAGUCCGGCCGAGUCAAAAAUUUGGCACCAGUGUAUGGAAAACCAUGAGGCAAGGCAAGGACGGGGGAAGAGAGAGAGAGGGGGUGAGUCACUCGGCGGUGACUCUUGUUCAAAGCCUCAAAUCAAACUCCCGCCCCUCCUCCAGUCCCCCGACGUCUCCAUCAAGGGCACACCAGGGGCUAAGCACAGCCACGCUCUCAGAGUUGACGACACCCGCAUCCUUUUGGUGGUGAGCGAGAAUUUCUUCAGCAUGCGUUCCGUUUUAAUGAUCAAUGUGCCGGUGCGAGAAAGGAGACUGUGGCUUUCGGCAAUCACUAUCGAGCAGCAGCCGUUGUAG